GUCCAAACCGCCCGCAUAGCAUGCAAACUUGUGCACAUAGCCAGGACCAAGCCUGUAACAUGCCCGCACCUAGGGGAGCCGGCCGAUCCAGAAUCUUCUAGAGACAUCUAGGAUUGACAGCAUUCAAUAGGAAGAUCUGGUUGACCUUGAAAAUCAAGAGCCUCAAGUAAUUUGUGUAAUAAUGUGUAAUUCAUAAUUUUUAGGAAUCUUGUAAAUCCCUUGAUUUUAGGAGAUAGCCAUAAGUAGAGCUGGGGGCCUCAACUAUAAAUAGAGGGUUGCUCCACUUUUAGUUGUACAUCAUUAGACACACUUGCAUAUUCCAGCAUUCUGUUGUGUUCUCUAACUUGCGUAUUCCACCCUUCCUUAUUCUUGUUUGCUCGCAUGCUAGUUGCAAAGACUGAACUUAGGCAUAUAGAGUUAAUUCCAAGCCCUAAGGCCGCACGGAUUCAGGCUUAAGUCUAGAGCCCGGGACAGUUGGUAUCAGAGCAGGUUUCAACCGGAAGUUGGUAUUAGAGCAGGUGUUGCUUGUGUGUUUGUGUGCAGGUUGUUAGAUCACAGUUGAGGAGAUGGCAUCCCAAAGCGAUGUUGCUAGCCAACAACCAGAGAUCCAGGAGCAAGGCAGUGGAAGGGGGAAGAAGGCUAAUUCGAGAGACAUCUGGUCUACCAUGGACGGAAGGCUGGCCAAGGUGGAGGUGACAGUGGCUGAUGUAAGGGACAAGUUUGACAAGGUGGAGGCUUGCUUUGAGGAUAUGGACUCCAGGGCGGAGGAGCUUAAAGGCGAGAUGCAAUCUGCCCUGAAUGAGACAAUCGACAUGCUCACCCAGAGGAAUGAAACCUUGGAGGCCAUGAUGGAGACCAUGCGCAAGGAGUUUGAGGAGCUCAAGGGGGAGCUCACUGCUUGGAAGACAGCCAUUAGGAAUGGUGUGAUUGCUGGUGUGCCAAAGUCUCGUGUGGAGAUCCCCAAGCCCAAGGAGUUUAAGGGGAUUAGGGCAGCAAAGGAAGUGGAUAAGUUUCUAUGGGAGAUGGAACAGUGUUUCCAACUUGUAGGCAUGCAGGACGAUGCCUCUAAGGUAGCACUGCUUCCAUGUAUCUUACUAAUGUCGCCUUAUUAUGAUGGAGGCGCAGGUGUGAUGAUGUGAGGCAUGAGGGCACCAUGAUUGGAACCUAAGAUGCAUUCCAAAAAGAGUUCAGAGAGCAGUUUUACCUGGAGUAUGCCAAUGAUGAGGCGCAGGCAAAGCUACGUCGGCUUACUCAACAAGGGGACAUAAGGAAGUAUAUCCAGAAGUUCUCUGAAUUGAUGCUUCAGAUUUCAUAUCUGAGCGAGGUUGAGGGUUUGUUUGCCUUCAUGGAUGGGUUCAAGCCGUGGGUGAAGCAUGAGCUACAAAGGUGGGGAGUUCGUGAUCUGGCCAAGGCCAUGACUAUAGCUAAGUCCUUGGUAGAGUUUAGGCCAUAGAACAAGUCAGAGUCUACCAAGGACAAGAGGGAUCGGGAGAGAUAGUCCAAGGGAAAGGAUUGUGACCGGUAGUCUAAGGAUGGGGAUCGAGACCAUUCGGAGAAGGAUGGCCAGGGGAAGCCACCAGCAGGGAAGUGGAAGGCUAAGAGGGAUCGGGAGUUGAUCUCAUGCUACCUAUGUGGAGAAGGCCACAUAGUGCGAAACUGCACACAAAAGGGCAAGUUGGCUGCCAUAGGCAAGGAGUUGGAUGAGGAGCCAGAAAAGGGGAUAGCAAAGCUUGGGUUGAUAGUGCUCAAUGCUGUCCAAUGCAAGGGGAGCCGCAAGUCAAAAGGCUUGAUGUAUGCGGAUCUGUUGGUUGUGGGACAGAAGGUGAAUGCUCUAGUGGAUAUAGGAGCAUCACACUUGUUCAUCUUAGGUGAUGGAGCCCAGAAGCUUGAACUGAAGGUGCAAAAGGGGACUGGUACCAUCAAGACAUUGAAUUCCAAGGAGGUGCCAACCAGUGGAGUAGCUCAUGGGAUAGAGCUACAACUCGGAGAUUGGAAGGGCAAGGAAACCAUCGAGGUAAUUCCUUUGGAUGACUGAGUUUGUGAUUGAUUUAGAUUUUUUUGUUUGGAUUAACGCCCUCAUUGUGCCUUUUGCCAAUUGUAUUUGUAUUUUGGAUGAGCGGUGCCAAUCACUUGUACCAUUUUUUCAAGCUGGAUUUGGAGCAUGUUGUGCAUCUUUACCACCCACAGCCCAGCAAGUUGCAUUUGAUGUUAGAGUUUUGUUUGAACGCAGGUCUCAAGAAAGUUUGGGAUUUAAAACCAUUGGUUAAUGGAAAGGAUAUCAUGAAUGUUUUGCAGCUUAAAGUCGGGGAGGGCCACUUGUUAGGGAAUGGGAACAAAAAGUUCUAAUGUGGCAGCUGGCACAUCCCUCUGAACUGCUGAGGAAUUUCUUGAUUGGAUGAGGGAAAUGCAUUCGAAGUGUGUAAAGACGGAGUAGCUGACUUGUUUGCCAUUUUCUUCAGCCUGAGUGGUUGGUAUAUUUUUCUGACUAUCCAUUGUUCUGGAUAUUUUUGAGCUGGAUUACCAUCGAAGCAAAAUUGUCUUCCAAGUUUUGGAUGUCUUCUUGACCUUAAAAUCAUAUAAAAGAAUAUUAGGAGGAACCUGAAAAGCUUUGUUGCAGCAACAUAACGUUUCUGUCAAGAAUUUUGAAAUGAUCUUUGAUUCUGUAGUUUGUACAUAAACAUCAGGAUAGAUGCAUAAGGAAUUUGUCUACUCUCACAUUUUUAUGUCAGUUUGAACUGUAACUACUUCAAUAAAGUAUCAUGUUCUUCACAUAAAACUAUUGAUUAGGUUAGAUGACUGUAGUAGGCAUGCUGAUGCAAAGGAAGAACCAUUUCAUUUGGUGUAGUUGAUUAUCCUGUGUGUUUGUUGCCAUUGCCUGCCAACUGUUCCCUUAGAGACUUUGAGCAUUUGUCUUUGGAAUUUUACGUUUUAAUGCUUUUGAUUUUAAGUUGUAAUGUGAAUUCUUGGUAUGAAUUUACACUAUGAAAUUUAUUAGCAAAACAUCCAGGCUUCGCGGCAGGGCAUACAGGUAAUACUGGUAACCUCUUUUGGAUGAAAAGGGUGGUAUUGUGUGAAUGGUGUACAAACUGACUAAUGAUCUUACCAUCUCAAGUUAUUGUUGGAUUUAUCUGCUAUUAAUUAUUGGUCUAAAAGUUGUCUCUUUUAGCAUUGGAAUUUGAUAUUGUUUUUAUU